GGGACCAGCUGGUUUACGCAGCGGCUGUGGCUCUCCACACCCGAGAGUAUGGCGGCUGGGAUUGCACAGGAAAGCGAGGGAGAAGCGGAGACAUGCCAGAGAUGGUGACAGAGAAACAAAGGGACGUAAGUUCUCCGAUUAAGUGUGGAAACACUCUGAGUGGGCUGCUGCUUUCCUCACACGGCAUCCGGCUUGAUAAAUCGCUCCUGCACUUCUUCAUUCUCCAGCCUCCUCCCCCCCCACCCCAGUGUCCUCCAUGGAGCAAGUUUUGUUUUUUUCCUGAUGCAUAGAGAGGGGUGAGUUAAGCAGAUGAAAACCCGCACGCUCCACAUCAUCGGGCGAUAUCUCCUCCCUCCUGCCCGCGCACAUCUCCGGACCGUCGCAGUCUUCGGAUGCCCGGGUGUCUGUCGGUGUCUGGCCUGCACGGGGGCAUUUCUACAAUGAAAUCCACCCUUGGGGCAGCGAGUCUUUGUGCUCUGCCAUAGCUGAGCAGCGGCCAGCAAGACUGUGUUAUUGACAAGCCGCUCAAACAUGGGACGCGUUUCUGUGAACGUGAUUCGUGCGUGAACAUUUUGAGCUCAUUUCAAUGACGCGCGCGGAGAAUUGACACUUUACGACUUGAUUUUUUAAAUCCACGAAAUGCGCGAGUAUAAAGUGGUGGUCCUGGGCAGCGGUGGGGUCGGGAAAUCCGCCCUCACUGUGCAGUUUGUAACCGGGACUUUCAUUGAGAAGUACGACCCCACCAUAGAGGAUUUCUACCGCAAGGAGAUCGAGGUGGACUCCUCGCCCUCCGUGCUGGAGAUCCUUGACACCGCUGGUACCGAGCAGUUCGCCUCCAUGCGGGACCUUUACAUCAAAAACGGCCAAGGAUUCAUUCUGGUCUACAGCCUUGUCAACCAGCAGAGCUUCCAGGACAUAAAGCCGAUGAGGGAUCAGAUCAUAAGAGUGAAAAGGUACGAGAAGGUCCCUGUGAUCCUGGUGGGGAACAAGGUGGACUUGGAAAGCGAGAGGGAGGUAUCGUCCAGCGAAGGUCAGGCCCUGGCCGAGGAGUGGGGCUGCCCGUUCAUGGAGACCUCGGCCAAGAGCAAAACCAUGGUAGACGAACUGUUCGCUGAGAUCGUUCGGCAGAUGGACUACGCCGCCCAGCCAGACAAGGACGACCCCUGCUGCUCCUCUUGCAAUAUACAAUAACCCCCGGGGGCCUCCAGGGAAAAAGGCCAGGCAAAAAGUAUACUUAGAGGAAGCUACACCAACCCGCAGCAGAGAGACACACACUUAGACACACAUACACACACACAUGCACACACGCACAUGCCAAUUAAACGGAAGAAAAAAUUCAUGGUUGAACGCAAAUGAUUUUUACUCCACUGAGCAUAAAAUCAGCAGUGACAUGAUCAUUAAUAAAGACAUGUGAGUAAUGAAUACAUUUUGAACAAGGAAUGCCAGGAAUUCGCCGCAAGAGAAAUUGACAAAUGACAAAAAUGGAACAUGCCCUCGCCUUAUGUUACUCUCUUCUGUUGUUUGGGUUUGUCUUUAUCCUUCUGAGUAGUGGGGGGAAGAAUCAUCAGCAAACAAUCACAGAUUAAGUAUCUAGUAUCUACUCUCAUGGUUGUUCUGUUAUCUGUUAUAAAUGAGUAAAAAGGUGUUUUCUCUUUGUUUUUCUACAAAUGAAGCAUUUUUUUGUUAGCACAAAUCGGUUGCUAGUAGCUACUGUGAACAAAUCCAAUAACAGAUAUCUGGGAUCCAGUUGUUUUAAAGGGUAAGGAGUAUUUUAUUUACAGUAUUGUUCUCCCAGUUUGUUUUGUGCAUUGAUGGUUUGAUUUUUUUUCUACUCAUCACAGGGCUGAACCAAAGAGGUGACCUGAAAGCACCUCCAUUUUCUUAUAUAUAUUUCUUUUUUCUCUCGUUGAACAAAAGGAAUGGAGAGAAAAUGGUAGACAAGUCAGUGUCUUUCUUGACACAUUGGUGCAGUCAUCUCUUUCCUAUUUUCUCACUUUGAGAUACAAUAGCAGAGUCUUUAACAUAUCGUGUGAAGUUUGUUUUCCCCCUGGGAGACUUUGACAGCAGAUUGCCGAGUAGUGAAAUAACUGACUGCUUCAUCCUGAUGGGACAAAGAGUUCAUCUUUUCAGCUUUUGAAAAUCUCUACAGACGAUCUCUCUCAACUCCUUUCAGGAAUGGGUGACAUUUAAAGUGAAGAUGCCAACAUUUGUCAUACUUUACAUUUUCUUUUUCCCCUCCGAUCACUAUGAAAUGGGGUGCUCAAGAGUUUUAACAUCCUGAUGUCAUUCUGUAUGUGCUCAGAGUAUUCAAUCCAUAGUAACAAAUAGUAACGACAAAGGCGAUGAUAAUAAGAAUAAUAAAUGGUAGUGUAAAUAUUUUGUAUUGAAAGUGCCAGCUCCUGUGAAGACACUGACUCAACACAUGUGGAACUGUCAACUGUAUGCAUGGCUAGUAAACAAAAAAAGGAUUUGUAAUUGUUUGAGAUAAAUAUAGGCUGUGGAAAUGUGCAAACCAAACACAUACAUGUCUGGAUCUGGACACUGUCUCAACUGUACAUCUGUGCUGCCACGGGAACCAGACUUUCCCCGUGUGACCAUUUUCAUUGUUGAUUUUAUAUUUUUUUAUGUGACCAUUUACUCUUUAAUCCCUCUCUGAAUGGUGACACUGUUACAUUUGACACCUAAACAAUAAA